GAAGGAGCAUGCUGAUACAGUAUAGAUGAACCUGUUCGGCACAGUACCCUGUGUUGCCAUGGCAACAGUGUAAAGCCCUCUCAUCAAGCCAUGAGAAAGCGGUGAGUGCAUGGGAUGGCGGUGAGAAGGGGAGGGGGUGCUGCAAGAUUCUGAAGGUGAACUUUGUGGCGCCCUUUUUCUUUUCAGUCAAUGCUUCAUGUCAUGGUCAAGGAUGAAAUCAAAAACUUUUUUUUUUUCUCAGAGGAGACUGGCGGAUAAAGGUUGUUGUGACUCCUAGUUCUUUCCUGAAAGGAGGGGAUACCCACGGUCAGACAGACAGACAGGAGCUGAGGACACUGGUCGUCUGAAUGCAUUGGUUUAGUAGGGUGUAGGACAGCGGCCUCCACAGCUAUGAGGAGCUUGCUCGUGUGUUUAUGUUGUGUGCUUCUGGACCUCACAACAGUCCAAAGUCGUGUGCUCAUGCAGGGCCGUAUCGUAGGUGGACACACUGCUGCACCAAACUCCAUCCGAUACAUGGUGUCACUGCAGAGCACCAGGGGUCAACACUUCUGCGGGGGAUCAUUGGUUCACAGAUACUGGGUGCUGACUGCAGCGCACUGUAACAUUGGGGCAGAGCACAUGAUGAUCGUUGCGGGCGACUACAUUGUGAAUUCCUUCGAGGGCACUGAGCAGUACGCUAAACCCCACAGGCUGGUCACCCAUCCGCUCUACAACGAGAGCACCAACAAUGCUGACAUCAUGCUCAUUAAGUUGCGAGCCCCCAUGGUCCUGAACCGAUAUGUCUCUCUGGCGCCUUUGCCCAAGCAGGGGACAGGAGUGGUCGAGGGCUUGGUUUGUCGGGUGUCUGGGUGGGGCUACAACAGUGCAGGUGGAGGCCGGGCCCCCUUCACCCUCAGAACUGUGACUGUACCGAUUGUUUCGAGUGCAAGGUGUAACAGCAGCGAGUCAUUUAAUGGAAACAUCACAGCGAACAUGAUCUGUGCUGGUUACAGGACUGGAGGAAAAGAUGCAUGCAAGGGAGACUCUGGGGGGCCUCUGGUGUGUGGGGGGCGUGUCUACGGUGUUGUCUCCUGGGGCAACGGCUGUGGUAAUGCUAAGUUUCCAGGAGUCUACUCGGCUGUGUCCAAAUUUCGCCGGUGGAUUGACCAAAACAUCUACCGCUCACACUAUCGCUGUACCAGAUACUGAUGAAGAAGAUAAUAAAAAUGCUGUAUACUGAGUUUUUUGGAUGGAGAUUUAUUUUUCUAGUUCUCAGAGCCACUGCUAUUCUGAUCAUGUUUUCAGUAUACCAAUAUAAUAAUCAUGCAUCUUGUUUUUUUCAUUCACCAGUAAUAAAUGUCUCUGGCAGAGUUAUUGUUGGAUUUACUACAGAGGGCACUUUAUGAGCCGCCUGUCCUCUAAAUAUACAUCCAGUAAUGUAAAGCUAAUAACUUGUGAUAAAUAUCCUAAUUCAGAACAUGCUUAGAACUGGGUGAGUGGAGAUUGAGUAUUGCACAUGUAUGCUUAUCUGAAGAGGUCAGAGAGGUUAUUUCAGUCCUUUCAUUUUCCAUUUUUUUCUCCUUGAAGGCUUAUGAAAAUGUUGUUUUCCCCCAAUCACCUUCACAUUGAAGUCAUACAUGAACAAGACAAAUACAUUUUCUCCAACAUUUUCUCACAAGAGGCUUCUUCAGUUUAAUGAACCUUAUCUCGUGCAAAGGUUUAUAAAUAUUUCAGGCUCAUGUUCUUCUGUUUUAAUAUGAUUCAAAAUAGUUUAAUUUGAAUGUUUUGAAUGGGAGGAAAGGACAAAGUUAGUUGAUCUUCAGCAGGUGACCUUUGUUGUUAUUGUAAAAUGGGGUUAACCAUGUGGAUGUUUGGAGUUUGGUCAGACACAGACAUAUGUAUGUACUGUAUAUGAGUUGGUUAAUAAGUUUAUUUGUGUAUUCAC